AUGACGCUCACCGAAUACGCCGACACUAAAGCCAAGGAGACGAUUUGGCGGCACAUCGCCAGCGAAAUGGGCCUGGAGUGGCCAGCGCACGGGCCAUACGACACCCACGUGGCGGUGCUAAGAGGAAAGUGUUCGGAGUUUUGCCCUGCGUACUUCGAAGGUCUUGUCGGCGCUACGCGGGCACGAUACGAGACGAAGACGAAACUCUGCGACGGCGUGGAGCCUUACACACUGAGAGUCGGCGCGGAUGCGACUGCAGAUGUGGAGCUGCUGCCAGCUACAACGCAGGUGGACAUAAUCAAUUACCUCGUUUUAUCAACCAGCUACGUCACAUUGCAGCAGAUGAAGGUGUAUAAAUCGCUGGAUGCACACAACUACUUCACCAGCGGCUGGGUGCGGAACAUUGCAGCAAUGCGGCUCCAGUCGGAGCGCGUCAUCGUACUCAGCGAGGUCAGCCAUUCCCAGCGGCUUCGGGAGCCAAACCUGAAAGUGUGGUGCUUAGCAAACACAGAUGGCAGCAUUAUAACAGCGCACUGCACCUGCAUGGCAGGUGCAGGGGAAGCAUGCUCGCACAUUGGUGCUGUGCUAUUUGCUGUAGAGACAUCAGUGCGCUUAAGAGAAACGAGAACAUGCACAGGAAGAAAAAAUGCCUGGCUCCCAGCCAAUUGCUCUGGCACACAGCCCAAGCGCCUAAGAGACAUAGAUUUCUCGUCAUCCAAGAUGAGGAAGAGAAAAAUGGACUCGAUUCACCUGCAGCAAGGUGUUGAAAUCACAUCAACGUGCCUCCCACAAGCCCUGCCACUAGCUCCUACUGAAGAGUCAAUACAACUGUUCCAUUCACGUCUUGCUGAUGCUGGAGCUACACCAGCUGUCUUCAUGGUCCACCCAAGGUACAGCGCUAUGUUUGGGAAACCAAGAAUGCUAGAACCACGUGUUCUGCGUGAUCUCUCAUUUGCAGAAGCUCGGUCUGAGGACUUGGAAACACUGAUUAAACGGGGUGAGGACUUCCUUAGUGAGCUUCACAUCAGUCAAGAAAUGGUGGACCACGUCGAAAGUGCCACGAGAGGACAGUCAAGUUGUCCAAAGUGGCAUCUCUCCGACUGCCCAAUGUAA